AUGAACGAGGAAGAGAACCACUCUGCCUUUUUUAUCAGGGUGCAGAACCCAGCUGAGCGGGAUGACUUAAAACCUGGAGACCUCAUUGAGAUCUUCCGAUCGCCUUGCCAGCACUGGGCCAUCUAUGUGGGGGAUAGGAAGGUGGUUCACUUGGCUGCUGACCGCGACCACCUGGCAGAUGGCAUUCCUAUGGCACUCAUGUCAAGCAGAGCUUUUAUCAAAAAGGAUUGGCUGGAGGAUGUGGUACGGAAGGACCGAUACCGAGUUAACAAUAAACAUGACGAG